UGCAUGUCGGCGUAGUUAUGGAGUGACACCCACCGCAGCAGCACAGCGAAAACCCUACCCACAGCUAGGAUGUUGCGCUGACCGUUCUUCUCACAAGAGCGGCGAGAGGGUUUUGUUAAAAUGACCACUCGGUUCCAGUGAAGAGCGUGACGAGGUCGUUUCAUGACGGCGACGUGGUGUUAAUCCGUGGCUCCGGCUUUUGGGGAGUGUGUAGCCGGAGAUUUUUUGUUUUUGGGGUGGGGGGGAUAUUACGGGGCGGGUCGAGCCGAGCCGUGUUCGGUGCGCGCGCUCGGUGGAUUUACUCUAUAUUAUUGAAUAUCAGCCGUCGGUGCGUUACAAAUGGCUUUACAUUACGCACGGCUGAUACCGAGACCGGAUGCAUGUGUGUAGACGAUCAGAGAGAAAGAGAAAGCGAGAGAGACAGUGUCCUUCGAGGUGCUGCUACGCCCCGUCCGUUCCUCCCUGACUCGGGUGGCAUCCCUCCAUCCACCGUCCCAUAAAUCAUUAGAUCCAUCGCUGUGGACGCGGGGACAUUUAUUUUUCCGUUACUCAACCUGCGGACAUCAUCAUCAUGGGGAAUACGACCUCCUGCUGCGUGUCCUCGAGUCCCAAACUGCGGCGAAACGCCCAUUCUCGCCUGGAACCGUACCGACCGGAAGCGGAGCUGAGCCGCGAGGACACGGGCUGCAACCUGCAGCACAUCAGCGACCGCGAGAACAUCGACGAAUUGAACAUGGAGUACAACCCAUCAGAUCACCCGCGUGCCAGCACCAUCUUCCUCAGCAAGUCUCAGACAGACGUUGUACCAUCCAGCAAGAAAGUUCGGGAAAAGAGGAAAAGCCUGUAUGUGAACCACCAACACCCAUCUGGUCCAAUGAGACGCAAGUACAGCUCCUGCUCGACUAUCUUCCUGGAUGACAGCACAGUCAGCCAACCCAACCUCAAAUACACCAUCAAAUGCGUUGCUCUCGCCAUCUACUACCACAUAAAGAACAGAGACGUUGAUGGUCGAACGCUGUUAGACAUAUUUGAUGAGAAGCUUCAUCCGCUCUCGAAGUCCGAGGUUCCAGCGGAUUACGAUAAACACGACCCGGAGCAGAAGCAGAUCUACCGCUUCGUCCGGACACUAUUCAGCGCCGCUCAGCUCACGGCCGAGUGCGCCAUCGUCACACUGGUGUAUUUGGAGAGGUUGUUAACCUACGCUGAGAUUGAUAUCUGUCCUGCUAACUGGAAGAGGAUCGUACUGGGAGCCAUCCUGUUGGCAUCUAAAGUGUGGGACGAUCAGGCUGUGUGGAACGUGGACUACUGUCAGAUCCUCAAAGAUAUCACUGUAGAGGACAUGAACGAGUUGGAGAGGCAGUUUCUGGAGCUGCUGCAGUUUAACAUCAACGUGCCAUCGAGUGUGUAUGCGAAGUACUACUUUGACCUGCGCUCGCUGUCUGAGGCCAACAACCUGAACUUCCCUCUGGAGCCUCUGAGCAGAGACAAGGCCCAGAAACUGGAGGCGAUCUCCCGACUCUGUGAUGAUAAGUAUAAAGACUUGAGGAAAGCAGCCAAGAAGCGGUCAGUGAGUAUGGACAAUCUGACAGUGGUGCGGUGGUCACCUGCUAUCAUCUCAUAACAGUGGUUUGAGGACGCUGAGGAACGAUCCAGCGACAGAGAGAGAGAGACAAAGAAAGAAUAGACUGAGAUUGAGAGAGAAAGACUGUCCACAGCAUCGUCCUCUUCCUCCAUCUGCUCCAGACAAAAGCCCGGCGGAUUCUACCUUCCACACGUGUCUUUGUUGUUCUACUGGCUGCUGUAAAUACAGGACACCGGGACCGGACUCUAAACCCUGAUGGAGUGAGGAGAGAAAGAAAAGCAGCAUCCUGGAAUAGAGUGUGAGGAACGUCUCAUACCAUGGAGGAUUGCAUUCCAGCAACUCUGUGUGUCUUAUACCAUUCACCUUAUUCUAUCUGUUUCUUCUUUUGAUUUGAAGGUCUGUAUCUUCUAGCUCGUCCUCUCCGAAGCACAGGGGCACGUCUGACCUGACCCGAAUUCAUAUAUCUGCCCAAACAUAAGCCAGAAAAUCUACAGCUCUUCCAGCCGCGUCGGGAAAGUUGGUCUAAAUAAAAAUCUUCAGGCAUUGAAGUCGAGCAGGCGUCAGGAACCUGAUGAAAGAGUGAAAGAGAUCACAGUUAGUCUCAGCCUCACAGAAGCUAAGCUGCUAAUCUGUACUUUUCCUUGUUGCUAUGGCGACACCAGACUUGGGGCAUCUUUAAAUAACUCUUAAAGGCCCAAUUAUGUACCUUUAACAUUUAGGUACACUAGAUUCACGUUUCCAAGGGAAAGAUUGGUGAGGAAAAGUGUGCUUUAAUCCUUAAGAGAAAGUUUUUAUAGAAUGUUAUACAGAUUUCUGGCCACGUGCUUUGGAUUGGUUAUCGACACUUUCACUAAGUUCCUGACUGUAUAAAAAAUAUAUAUAUAUUUCUUUGAGAAAGCAAGAUGUCGAAAAGAAUCUGUGGCAAAUCUUGAGGUUAUGACGAAAGAGUGCUAAUAUAUCUAGCUUGCUAGUGAGUCAAGCCAAGGGUUAAGCAAAUACUGAGGUAAAAUGUGGUCUGAACAAUACUUAAUAACACAGAGUCAUUAUUUUGAAUCAUUUCCUUUCAGAAAGAGACCGCAGCCUGCUCAUGCCUCGUAUUGACUCAGAAAUCUGCGAAGUCUUUCGCAUUUCAGUGAAACUUUCUUUUUUUUCCUUUAUAGAGCAUUCAGUAUGAUUAAUAUUAAUUGCUGGAAAUUUCCUCCUCGUUACUAGCGCCCUGUCCCAUUGCUAAUCACACCAGUCCUGUCGUAUUUAUUUUAACAUUUAUUUUAUAAUUCGAUGGAAAAAAAUCUUCAGAAAUUAAUCUUCUAAUGGUCUAAGAAGCAGAUUUCAGUAUCAGUGAGGUGUUUACGAGAGGAUUCCUGUUCACGCUGUAACCAUGCUGCUUGUCUUUACCGAGACGCCAGAGACGGUUUUGUAUUAAAGCAGGAGCUCUACAGGGACGCUCCAACGCCAUCCAGGUCCUAUUUUCAAGGUGGUCUGGUGUUUUUGUUCUCUUAAUUAAUUACAAAAAAAAUCAAUAAAUAAGCCACAGAGAAGGUAUUAUGUAGGAAGGUGGAAACGUAGCACUCUGGUUCUGUCUGUCUGUAGAACCUGAUGAUCUGAUGGCUGAAGAAAUGGACUGACUUAUUUUUAUUUUUUUUUUUUUCUUCUUCUUCUUCUUCUUCUUCUUAAGAAGACAUUCCAUUUCGGUAUCGUUUAAAAGAAAGACAGAAAGGAAAGAUAAAUUGCACAACCUUGGCGCGUAGGUUUUUGUGAGCUCGACCUCAUCCGAUUUAAAGUCCGACCUCGUUUCAGAUUCAAACACCAAGCAAUACAGACGUGGACACUUCUCCUCAAACAGAUGUUUCAUAUCUCUUUUUGUUUUAUUUUCACGAGUGAAGGUUGCAAAAUGAGUUCCUAUUAUUAUUUUUUAUUAUUAUUAUUAUUUUGAGUGCUGAUUUAAAUGUUCUAUUAAAUUGUUCUACAGUUUGCUGUGUUUCCCCGCAACAAGUCAUUUUAUCAUCUCCAAAAAAGUCUAGCCAAGCCUUUAAACUCUUAUCUCUUAACCAUCCACAGAGCAGACAAAACACAUUACUUUUAUUAUUAAUAAGAUCAGCUAGAAACAGUUCUUCCACCAGUGUAGAAGAAGAAGAAGGCCCGGUUCGUCACAUUCUUUUCUUCACAUGUCCUGGCUUAGGAAGUUGUCGUCAGGGUACCGUGUGUACUCGGUGUUAACAGUAAGAUUUGGUUGCUAAGCAACAUGACAGGGCAAAAAGAUAUUUUGUUCUGUGGACAGAAUGGUGGCUGAAACGGUUUAAUGGUUCCAUUUUGGUGGAUUAAUACAGAAUUCAGUCACAGCUGUGUCUGUGGGAAUAUAUUAGCUUUGAUUGGGUCUCAGAGUUUUAGAAAGGAAGUGUAUUUGUUUUAUAGCGGGUUCAUUAAUGAAGCAUUUUUUUUCCCCCUCCAACAUCUGAGAUCCACUGCCUGGUUAUUUCACCCAGUUUGUGACUUUCUUUUGUGGAAACCUGGCUGCAAUUUCUUUAUAAACCAGUUUUUCUAGAGUAUCAUAUAUAAAAAUAUAUUAUUCAGAAAAAAAAUCAGAAAACUACCAAAUCUGGAAAAAAAAAUCAACAGCAA